GCCUCUUUUGGGAGCAGUAGCAAAGUGUGAGAAUGGGUAAAAGUAAGUUAACUUUGUCUACUCUAAGGUGUAGACAAAAUGAUAGAAGUUUAGAGUAGAUGGAUGGCCAUAGCAGCACUUCUGACCACUUCAACUCUGCUGGAAGUAUUUGGAAUUGAUGUUGCAAGUUCCACGUUUGUAAGUAGCAUAGGGAGAGGGGACUGCCUCCACGCUAAGAGGUCUGUGUCUUUUAGAGCAUCCAAACUGCAACUAUUGUGGUUUUGUUGGUUUGUGAACCCAUUUCUAGACAAUACAUGCAAUGUCUGGCAAAAUGACUGUGUAUGUGUGAGCAGGAAACAGAGACGGUUUCAGAGCGAGAGAGGGAGGGAGAAACAGAGAGGUAUUGUAUAUCCGUAUGAGAGAAGAGAGUUAGUUACAGGGAAAGAGAGAGGGUAACAAUUUGUGCCUGGGAGAGAGGGAACGAAGGAGAGAGACCAUAUAUGUACUGUAUGUCUAUAUGUGAGUAUUUGAAAUGGGGGGAUGCAUGUGUCUGUGUGAGACAGAAGGAGAGGAGGGAGAGAACGUAUAUCCUCUGGCCCUUGGCGAGUGUGCGUGAGGCUGAAUGGGAGCCAGGAAAAGGGGAAGGGCCUCGCGUCCGCCGACAAAAACAGCUGCCUGAGAGUACGCAGGAAAACAGUGUCUGGUAGAGUAUAGGGAGCGGGGGACAGGGAAAGAGAGGACAGGAGAGAAAGAGAGCACCAGGGCCCACAUCUCUAUAUGGGUUGCGCCCUGAGUGCGGAGCCUUGCUGUGGGGAGGAAGCGGAGCCUGUGCCCUUGGUGAGAGGGUCACUGAAGCGCCGAGGUCCAGAGAGGUCCAACAGCGUCAAAAUGAAGCUGACCAAGAUCUGACCAAUCACAGAGUGGAAUUCCAGUCAUUCAAUUCCACAAUAGCCUUUCCUUUAAUGGCUCCACCCACAGCGACAGAGCAGAGGGAGGCUAAAGGAAACAAGACGGGCAAGGAAGAGCCACAUGUCUUCAAGGAGAAGACCUUUAGGAAGAGGCGUCAGUGUGGGGUGUGUCAUCAGAGUGUGGACAGCACAGGGUCCUUCUGUCGAGUGUGUAAAACAGCCACUCACAAGAAAUGCGAGGCAAAGGUGACCACAGCAUGCAUCCCAGCUCCCCCAUCUGAUCUGCAGCGCAGAGGGACAGCUCCAUCCCGACACGUCCAACACCUGGGUUCCACAAAGUCUCUGACUUACACCAAACAGAGGACCACCCUCCCCAGGAGUUUCAGUGUGGACCGUGUGAUGGAAAGAGUCAUGGAGGGCCACUAUGACUUUGACCUUACCUACAUCACCGAGAGGAUCAUCUCCGUGUUCUUCCCCCCUCUGCUGGACGAGCAGCGCUACCGUCUCAACCUCAAGGAGGUGACCGCCAUGCUCAGGUCCAAGCACCAGGACAAGUUCCUGCUCUUCAAUCUCUCUGAACGACGCCAUGACAUCACCCGAAUGAAUCCAAAGGUCCAUGACUUCGGCUGGCCUGACCUCCAUGCCCCUCCCCUGGACAAGAUCUGUGCCAUGUGUAAGGCCAUGGAGACCUGGCUGACCUCCGACCCUCAGCAUGUGGUAGUCUUGCACUGCAAGGGCAACAAGGGCAAGACAGGAGUGAUUAUUGCAGCCUACAUGCACUACAGCAAGAUCUCUGCAGGGGCAGACCAGGCCCUUAGCACACUGGCCAUGAGGAAGUUCUGUGAGGAUAAAGUCUCGUCCUCCCUCCAACCGUCCCAAAACAGGUAUAUCUACUACUUUGGGGGGCUCCUCUCUGGGGCGAUCAAGAUGAACAGCAACCCACUGUUCCUCCACCAGGUCCUCAUCCCCACACUCCCUAACUUCCAGGGCGAAGGAGGUUACUUUCCCUUCCUGAAGAUCUACCAGUCCAUGCAGCUGGUCUACACCUCAGGGAUAUAUGACUUGCAGGGUUCCGGGGGCCGAAGACUGUGUGUGACCAUUGAGCCUGCAUUGCUGCUGAAGGGAGACAUCAUGGUGAAGUGUUACCACAGACGGGCCCAGAGUGCAGAGAGGGACACAGUGUUCAGACUGCAGUUCCACACCUGCACCAUCCACGGGGCACAGCUGUGGUUCGGCAAGGGGGAGCUGGAUGAGGCCUGUACUGAUGAACGAUUUCCCUCGGACGCAACUGUAGAGUUUGUCUUUUCCUCUGGACCAGAGAAGAUCAAAGGGCGAGAGUACCAGAGGAAUGACCCUGCUGUCACAGUGGACUACAACACAGCUGACCCAGUGGUGCGCUGGGACUCCUAUGAAAACUUCAACCAGCGCUACCAGGACAGCCUAGAAGACAUAGCCCACACCAGGGGUCCAGUGGAUGGCAGUCUGUACGCCCAGAUAAAGAAACGUCGUUCAGGCCCAGGUUCAGGCUCCCUGACCUCCACCAAUGGGAGUCCAGCAGGCACCAGUGAGGAGAGGUCGAGUCAGAACCAGCUCCUCUCCCCUAGCUCUGACUCUCUCAAUCACUCCGGCCUCUCUGGCCACACUAGCCACUCCGGCCACUCUUCCCACUCUACAGCCCACCCAGAGCGUCCAGAAGAGCCCAGAAGGCCCCCGCCCCCCACUCGGCAGGAGAGGGAGGAGCUGGAGCGCCUGCUGGGGGGCAUCGAGGGGGAGCGAGACGACCGGGACAGGGAGAGGGAGACUGCCAUCCUGGAUGACGGGGACUCGUCCUCUCCCUCUGAGCGUACAGGUACCCUGAGGCUGGGCCGCUCCUGUUCCUGCCGGGUGGGCUACCGCUCCCAGCACUGUGCCGAGCCCGGUUGUGACCAACUCCACCUCAUGCCCAACAGCUACUGCCUGGACAGAGCCCCGGGCACCAAUGGACAUCCUGGGGCACCACCCUCAGCUAACCCUGCCACCGUCCCCUCACACAUGGACCUGUGCCAGCACUACAGUCCCCACCCUCACCCUCAUCAGGCCCUGCCUCCCCCUGACCUGGUGUGGGACCGCCAGCAGGGCCCGCCACACUACCUGCACCGCUCCUGCUCUGAGGGACCCUCUCAUCACCCCUCUCUGUGCCCCUAUCCAUCCCAGGAGCUGACCCCUCACCCCCACUCCCACCCACACACCCUUCCUCCCGGCCGCCUGCUCUGUAGAAGUGAUGACUAUGGUCCGUACCAUCACCCUCCCUCACACACCCAUCACCACCCUCACCACACCAAGUCCUCCGGCCCCUACCACGACAUGCUGCUGCUGGACGGUCUGCCGCCCCCUGGCUGCCCCUGCCGGGACUGCCUCAUCAGGAGGGAGGACUCAGCCUUCCGCGGCCUGCGGCUGGAGCGUGGAGAGAGCUUCCACUGGGACAGAGAGGCAGAGCUGCAGCAUCGUGAAGCAGGGCUGAGGAGGGGGAGGGAGUCUGAGCUGCCCAGAGGGGUAGAGAUGCACUGGGAGAGGGAGGCAGUGGGACUGAGAAGAGGCAGGGAGAUGUCACUGCAUUGGGACAGGGAGGCAGAGCUCCAAUGGGAGAGGGAGAGAGAGGCAGAUUAUUGGCACAGGAGGGCCACAGUGUCUUCCUAUGGGCCCCAGGGACACGAGCUCCCUGCCUUCACUUUUGACCCCCUGCCGUCAGGCCACCCUGCGUACCCAGAGCCGUCUCGCUCCCACGCCCACUCCCACCUGGAUCUGAAGUACAGCAGCAGCAGCAGUGGCUACCAGACCCCCCACCAGGCCUACCCCUGCUCCCCCUACCAGCCUUCCCCCUCUGAAAGCAGGGGCUAUGCCUCAGGCUACCAGUCUGAGUCUACCUCCCCUCUGCCCCCUCCCUCCACCCUGUCAGGCCCCUGCAGCCACACCACAGGGCCAACAGACCACCACCCUGGAGCCCACCCUCAGCAGUACCUCUCCAACAGCCAGACAGAUGGAAGGGGGAUGAGUGAGAAUGUGGGUUGGAGAGACCACAUCUCCCAGGGUUCCUUCAAGAGGAUGCAUCGAGAUGCCCAUGUCCCGUGUUCCACGCCUUCUGACCGCUCUGGGCCACCCACUCCUGUUCAUACCAGCAGCCCUCUGCGCACACAAGAAAGGCCCAGUCUAGGUGUACAAGAGGAUGAAGUUCGAUCGACUGACAUAGUCAACAGUGACUUUGAAUCUGCCCAGUCUCAGGAUAGGCCCGAUAGUACUGCUGCUCAAGUGUCUCAGCUCAACCAGCAACACAUCCCUGACCCCUCACAGUCUUCAUCCGUGACACCCACACCUUCCCCCACCCAACUCAACAGCCACUGCACCACACCGACACAUCCACCCUCACCCAACCAGCCCCAGAACCACUGUACCACACUCUCACCUACAACCAGCCAAGCCAGCAACCACUGCCUCCCCGUAUCACCCACUCAGACCCCCCCUGAGAAAGUUAGCCCACCUGGUCCAGAGACCACCCUUCCUACAGAGACUGCUGCACUGCCUCCUCUUGCCCAGCACCAGCCACCCAACCCCAACUCUGCACCUGGCACAACGGGACCCUGCCCAGCUCAGGGCCAGUUGAAUGGAGCAUGUCCACCCAGGGAGCUGACCCCAGAGGUCCCUAAAUCCAUCUCCACUUCAGCCCCUUCCUCCCCCCAGCCUCCCAUCAGCAGUCUGGAGGGCUCCCCCUCCUCAGAACCUCCUGUGCCUGGCUUCGCCACCCUGGGCCGGAGGCUGAUGCUGGGCACUGAGCCCCCAGGACCCCUGCAGCAUUACCCUGGCAUGGAGGGCAGUGCCAGUGGGCACUCUUCAGCCCCUGAGGGACAUGACACCCCCACCUUCCCCACCUCUGCCACUGGCUGCUGUGCCCAAUCUGCCCCCCAUGUGCCAUACUCGGGCUACACUGCUGUCACCAUCCCCCAGCCCCCACUCCCAGAGAAACGGCGGCAGUCUGCCCAGCCAGGAUCACCUAAUGGCGGGGUGGGUACCCUGAGGCCCUCCCUCUCACAGCACCAUGUCACCUUCUCUCCAACGGUGGGGGAGAUGGCACCCCCUGCAGGCCAAGGAGAAGGAAUUCUAUCUCUGGAAGGAGAGAUGGCAGGCAGAGUCAGUGUUAAGUUUGUCCAGGACAGCUCACGCUUCUGGUACAAGCCUGGCAUCUCCAGGGACCAAGCCAUAGCUGCGCUGAAGGAGAGAGAACCAGGGGCGUUUCUUAUCCGGGACAGCAACUCCUUCCAGGGUGCCUAUGGCCUGGCACUGAAGGUGGCCAUCCCGCCCGCUAACGUCAACAACCACAGCAGCAAAGCCAAUCCAUUAGAGCAGCUGGUGCGACACUUCCUGAUUGAGACGGGCCCCCGUGGAGUGAAGAUCAAAGGGUGUCAGAAUGAGCCCCAUUUUGGGAGUUUGUCUGCAUUGGUGUACCAGCACUCCAUCACCCCCAUUUCCCUACCCUGUUCCCUACGGAUCCCAGAAAAAGAUCCCAUUGGAGAAAUGCAGGCGCUGCAGUCGACUGCCAGUAACAUGAGCACUGCUGCAGACCUGCUGAAACAGGGUGCAGCCUGCAACGUGCUCUACCUGAAUUCUGUGGAAACUGAGUCACUGACUGGACCACAGGCCAUCUCCAAGGCAACCGGAACCACACUGGCACGAAACCCCCAGCCAGCGGCCACAGUGGUCCACUUUAAAGUGUCUUCACAGGGCAUCACACUGACUGACAGCCAGCGCAGGGUGUUCUUCAGGAGACACUACCCAGUCAACAGUGUGACUUUCAGCAGUAUCGACCCCCAGGACAGGAGGUGGACUAACUCAGACAGAACAACAUCUAAGGUGUUUGGGUUUGUAGCCAAGAAGCCAGGCAGCAUGGCAGAAAACGUGUGUCAUCUGUUUGCUGAGCUCGACCCGGAGCAGCCAGCCUCUGCCAUUGUCAACUUCAUCAACAAGGUGAUGUUAGGGCCGCAGCGCAGGUAGAGAACCAAGCCAAAGACCCGUCCCUGGUGUUACACUGCCAACAGUGUUACAACUCCCAAAGAGGAGGCUUCAGAAACAAAUGCUUUACAGACCCACAAAGCACCAUUGGCAGUGGCCUCUUCUCAAAGACUGAGUUUUGGAACCAAAAGGCUCAACAUUUCAAACAUGACUGCCAUUUUGAAUUAUAGUCAAAAUGUAUUAGUUGUUUAAAUGUCUAAUGUCUAAAAAUGUCUUAAAGGUCCAAUGCAGCCAUUUUUAUCUCAAUAUCAAAUCAUUUCUGGGUAACAAUUAAGUACCUUAUUGUAAUUGUUUUCACUUAAAAUGGUAAAAAAUAAAAAAUGUUUCUCAGCAAAGAGCAAUUUCUCAAGCAACAAUUUUGCUAGAGCUGUCUGUGAGUGGUCUAAGCGGAAAACUUAAAAACUAGCUGUUAUUGGCAGAGAGGUUUGGAACUCUCUUAUUUGUCUAUUAACAAAUGUAUCGCCUUGUGAUGUCACCAGGCAGGCCAAAACUCGAUCCCACCAUAACAGGCGGAUAUUUCAGGCGGUCCUUUCAAACAGCUCUUAAACUAAAAUGGCAUUUAUCAUUUUCACAGUAUUAUUCCAACCUCAGUGUGGAAAUACAUAUAAAACACAGGAAACCUAGUUUUUGACGGCACUGGGCCUUUAAUUUCAUAUUGCCUUAAAGUUACCAAAGCCUUGUCGUCACUUGCUAGUCAUUUAAGGUUUCAGAUAUGCAAUAAGCAGCCUAGUCCACCCACAGGCCUACCAAAGACUACACUUAAUUACAGAUAAAACUUGCCUCAACCCUGUCACUCUCCCCAGUAUAAGUCAAACAAAAUGUUGAAGAUGUAGUCCUACAGUAGGCUACAGUAGAAAGUAAAAGUGAAUGUGAGAAACGUCUAUUUGUAAUGUGCAAGGGAGAGAGUGUAUGUGGUUAGGGUAUCAGUGUGUGUAGAGGCUAGGGCACAGAUAUGGUCAGUAAUAGAGAUUAUGGGGUAUUGUUAUGUUUUGUUCACAUGUACGUUUGUAUGAAUUGUACUCUAGAAAGAAAAGUUUGUAGUAACCAAGGAAUAAUGGUGUGCCGCACCAAUGCCGUCUCUAAUGUAUUGUAUUUAUACCUAUGGCUUUUUCUGUUAAGAGCAAUACACAAUAAUAUUGCUGCAAAUAGUCAUUUUGUUCUAUUCCACAAUUUUUUUGUGGGUCAAUUAUCUAGACUAUGGGGCAAAUACUAGUCCUUAUUAUACAGUAUAACAUUGAGAAAUGUAUUCAAACAUUAAAAACAAGACAAGAAUAAGUCACAAUAUCAAUGUAACUCCCACAUAUAUUUUUACCUGUAUGACUUUAUGUACAAAGUUAACACACAAAGCAGACCGUUGUCUAAGGUCCUAUGUACUUAACCAAAGACAGAGCACUCCUGUAUUAAGAUUUAAUCGUUCAUAUUUUUAAGCUUCAUGUAUUUGUAUUCUUAGUGUUUUGCAUUGUUUUUGUAAGAAAUAGAAAGACACUACUUUGUAUGACAGCGGUAAUAUAUUGUGGUCUGUUUUCUUAUUGAUCUUUAUAUGUAGUAAUAUAUUUUCUCACAUGCAGCUAGGACAAAAGGAAACAUUUGUAAGAAAAUCUGUUAUAUGCUAUUUUUUAAGAAAGCUUUGUAUGCACAAAUGAAGAAUAUAAUAAAAAAAAAAUGUAAAAAUUGUGGUACCAAA